AAGCUCCGUCUCUCCGCAUUUACAUUUUGAAAGACCCUCUCUCUCUCUCUCUCUCUCUCUGCUUUUCUCUUUCUUUCUCUGCUCAAAGAAUCUAAGCAUUUUGAUUGUGGAUGGUUUUCGACGGAUCAGGGAAGAAGAGUACCUGGUUGAAUCCGGCGUCGUUUUCUGAAAUUCUAAGUUUGUUUAUUCCUUCUCUGUAGUGAUUAUUUUCUGCGGUUAUGAUGGAGAGAGACUUUCUCGGUUUGGAUACAAAAAAUCGUCACGGUACUGUCAAGGAGGAAGCUAGUGAUGGCUCUAAAGAUUCAGCAUCUGUGAGGGGUUCAGGGAUGGAGUGGUCUUUUUCCAAUAAGGUGUCAGCCAUUCCUCAGUUUCUUUCUUUUAAGACUUCUCAAGAAGAUAGGCCAAGAAAAUCUGUCAAUGAUCCUCUUGUGUCAUCUGGGUUUAUGCCUAUAUCAACUUCCGAUGCUUUUGAUUCUAAACAGAGACUAUAUUAUGGUGCAUUCCAGAAAAAUACGGGUCCUGAUAGACAAGGAGGAAGCCAGUAUCCGAUGACAGCAUAUGGGCUGCAGCAACAUUUUGAUGCAUACACCACUCAUCGGUCCCAGGAAGUGAGAAUGUUCCCUGUCUCCAGCCAACCAAAUCAAACAAUUACAGUGUCUAUGAGCUCUCCUAUUCUUCAAUCCCAUCUCACACCCAAUGGAAAACAUUUGAUUGGUAAUGUUAAAAAAGCGCAGCCUCUUGGAGGAGUUCCAAUCAUGGCAUCUCCAGUUUCCGUUGUUCCUGCAUCAAGUUCAAUUGUUGGUACAACUGAUCUCAGAUAUGCUUCGAAAUCUUCUGGUGCACCUGCACAGCUCACCAUCUUUUACGCUGGCUCUGUGAAUGUUUACAAUGAUGUUUCUCCAGAGAAGGCACAAGCUAUUAUGUUAUUGGCUGGAAAUGGAUCUUCAGUGAACCAUAUUAAUCAGCCACAUCCUCUGGCUCAAGUUCAGGCUCGGCCUUCUACUGCCGGUGGCUAUGACAGGAACGUGUCUCACAGCACAUCACCUUGUUCAGCUGUUCAAAGUCCUAUCGUUGUAAUGUCUCAUGUGGUUUCUCAGCCUGGAGGAGGAUCUGGUGGGGUAAAAGAAGUAUCAACAGUCAAACCUAUUAGCUGCUUAGCACCUUCUAGCAACCAACAAGAGCCUUCCAAAGUUUUUAAUUCAGCAGGAUUUUCUGCUAUUACCAUAAUUCCAUCAGUGGCUUUGCCGCAGGCUCGUAAGGCAUCUUUGGCUAGGUUUUUGGAGAAGCGCAAGGAAAGGGUCACCAGUACAUGUCCAUACAGUGUAAGCAAGAAAUCUGCAGACUGUAGUCCACCAGGAUCUGAAGUUGUGAGCUUUUCUUUGAAUUCUGCUGGGUCUAGUCCCGUACCAGCCAUGAAUUAGCAGUAGAGAAGGAUUCUCUGGAAAAACCAAAACGGUGAGUGAACCCCCCUAUAUUAGAUAUGUAAGAAGGAGUCGUCCUCGUCAAACAUUAUUUUUGUUCUUAAUUUUAAAGCUUCAUUCUUUCAACCUCCAAAAUUUAGCCCAAGUGUAAUGUAUAUGUCUUUUGCUGCUCCAAUUUUUUGUUCCCAUUUCUCUUCGAUGUUGAUUGGAGUCCUUUUAUCUGUUAAUUAACGUCAAGAACACCUUGUGACUUUUAGUGACUUCCAUAUAAUGUUGUAUAAGCA